UGAAGAUUGUGGGAAAUUAAGAAAUGCAGGACUUAUGAAUAUGCUAUUCUAAAAGACAUAAAAGGUAACACAGAUUGUUAAUUGCUAUUUGUUCCUUAUAUAAUCCAAGCUCUCUUUCUGAGCGUUACACAGUGAUUCAAUCAGGGUCUCACCAAGUAUGUUUCGCUGGCACUGUAAAAUUCUGCAGAUAUGCCUCUGUUUGGCAUAUCUUUCGCUCCAGGAAGCACACUCGAGAAGCCUUGGCAGUAGCGCUGAAAAUUGGUACUCAAGAUAUUUUGGUGAAAAUUAUGGAGCAAAGGCAGAAUCUCCGUCAAGAAACAGACGCUCGUACGGAGCUGGAGCUGGUGCUGAAGCAACUGUCGGAAUUGGUGCUGCAGCCAAUUUAGGACCUGGAUUCAAUGCAGGAGCUGGAGUCGCUGCGGGAUUUGGAACAGGUGUAGGAAUUGGAGCCAAUGCAGGAGUUGGAGCUGGUGUAGGAGUUGGAGCCGGUGUAGGAGUUGGAGCCGGUGUAGGAGUUGGAGCUGGUGUAGGAGCUGGAGUUGGUGUAGACUUUGGACUAGAAUUCGCUGGUACAUUUGCGAAUAGGUUGGCUUAUCAACUUUAUGGUAGCGUUCCAUUCCGCACCAUUUUCGGUUACAGGAUCAACGCCGAUGCUCUAGGGAACAUCGGAACUGUUUUAGCACAAAACAUGUGCACCGAGUUCAGGCUUCCAGAUCCUGCUCUAGUUCAGAACGCAUAUGUCAACGCCUUAUUUAGCAUCACCACAGCAAGUUCGCCAGAAGCGUAUAUAAGAGCAAUAGUUGGCACCACAACUCAGCUUUUGAUAUCUAACAACAUUUUGACUCCUUAUAAUUCGCUUGAGCUCACUAAUACCAUUGCAAAUAUUAUAACGAAUUCAAUUUCUUUAUCACCCUACUCGAAUGUAACAUUUGAUGCAACUGGAAUAGCUGGUUAUGACGCAACUGAUAUAUAUGGCGGACGAAAUUCCAUCGCCGCAUAUGGAAACUCUGACAUAGGUGCCAGAGAUGGUUAUUGGGGAGAUGCAGGACUUAGAGCUGGUUUAGAUGCCGAGGCAUCCGUAGGAUUGCGGUCUAGAGAAGGGUUAGGUGCAGGAAACAGUGUCGGAGUAGGCGCUGACGUAGGUGCUAAUAUUGGUGCUGGAGUUCGUGUUGGAAGAGAAGUUGGAGCUUCAAUUGGCGCGGACAUUGGAGUAGGUGCAGAUGUCGAUGUUGGAGACGCUCGAUCUCGUUUUCAUGGUUUAGGCAACAGACUAAUACGUGGAUCGUUUGGACUUGAUCAAGAUAUCAACGUUGGUGUAGGUGCGGGUGCAGAAAUAGGCCUUGGGGUCAGUGUAGGCUUGGAAGAGUCUGCCAGGCUUUUUGUGCAAAGAUUAUCUGAACAACUAAUCCGGGAAAGAUAUUUCAAGACAGUAUUUUCGGAAUCAAUUCCAAACUCAGUGGGGAAAAUGCUUUCAUCUGCAAUCUUCCAAUUUCUUUCAAAAGCAUUUGUAGUUUCCCGGUCUUUUUGGAGCUACUUUGAAAAUGAUUUUGUGCAGUUAUUAGCAUAUACCGGAGGCGAUGGAUAUAAAUAUGGUUUAGGUUUAGAUGCAGGUGUUGGAGUUAAUAUUGGUGCUGAUGUGGGAGUUGGAGUGGGAGUAUCAGCAGGACUUGAUGCAGAAGUAGGAGCUGGAAUUGGGUUAGGUGCAACAGCAGGCCUAGGAGCAGGAGUUGGUGCAGGAAUUGGAGCCGGUGCAGGAAUUCGAGCCGGUGCAGGAGUUGAAGCUGGUGUAGGAAUAGAUGCAGAAGUUGGCCUGGGAGCCGGCGUAGGAGUAGGAGCAGAAAUUGAUGCUGGAGCUUCGGUCGGAACUCGUGGUGGACUUGGAGCUAGAGGAGGCUGGUAUGGAAAUCCGUCACCCGAAGUCAUAGCUGUAUACCUUGCAACAUCUGUUUGUAAUGCUUUAAUCGAAUCACGUUUAUUUACCCCACAAGUACUGGGACUUCAAGUAGCAAUGGCAGCAAAAGCAAUCGGCGCAGGAAUUUCAAACUACUUGAGCACAUCUAUGGUUCCUGGUGUUGGAUUAGCAGUUAAUUCUAAUCCGUACAAUUCAUAUUACACAAUUUUAAAUGGCCUCGAGGUUCUACCAUACGUAGGGCCUGAUGCGAUAACCCGACAUUUUCCUCCUGUUUUAAAAGCCGCAAAAGCAACGGUUUUUGCAGAGCGAUUUACUAGGGCUUUGUAUCUAAAUCUUGUUUCAUCUAGCAGAUUUACAGAAGCGUUUUUGUUAGGAAUACCAGCUAGAACUUAUAAAAUCAUUGCAAAUUCCUUAGGUAACUUUAUGGCAGAAGCAUUUGGCUCAAACAAUCCAUCCUUCUUUGCAGAUUUGUAUUCAAAUACAUUGCUGCCUUCCUCAGAGAAAGUAAGUUUUAAAACUCAUGCUCGCAGAUUGGCUGAAGCUACUGCUAAGGCACUUUAUGCCCUUGGAUAUUUUGUGUUUGGAAACCCAAAUUUGCAAGCCGCUAUCGCUUCAAAUGCUAUUAUUAGGUCAAUUAUUACUAGAUACAGACUACGGCCUACAACUUGGGACGUCAGUCCAGCGAUACCCGGAUCAAAUCUGUAUUGGAGCACACGAAUAGCAGGAGUCGGGACCGAUAUCAGAGCGGGAGAAAGUGCAGCAGGAUUGGGAGUAGGUGUAGGUGCAGAAGCAAGCUUAGGAGUUGGAAUCGGAGCAGGUUUGGGAGUAGGCGGAGCUUUGGGAGUAGGUCCACGUUUGGGAGUAGGAACAAGUUUGGGCGUAGGAGCAGGUUUGGGCGUAAGAGCAGGUUUGGAAGCAGGAGCUGAAUUAGGUCUAGGGGUGGGAGCUGGUCUCAGUGCAGGCUUAGGAGUAGGAGCAGAAGCUGGUAUAGGAGCAGGGGUUGGACUCGGUGUGGGAGUUUUGGACGCUGCAGGCAUUGGAUUUGGAGCUGGACUAGGAGGUUCCUUGGGCUUUGACAGAAGACAUGGCCUUGGAGUAGGUUUAGGAAGUACAUUAGGCGCUGCUAGUGGUUUGGGAACUAUAUUAGGAUAUGGAGCUGGUAUUGGAGCAGGGUUGGGACUAGGAUUGGGUGUUGGAGCAGAAGUUGGUGUAGGUGCAGGCUUGGAAGUCGGUGCUGGGUUGCAAGUUGGAUUAGGAGCGGGAGCUGGGUUGCAAGCUGGAUUAGGAGUUGGUGCUGAACUACAGGCAGGAGUAGAAGCUGAUGUAGGAGCUGGAGCAGACCUGGCAGCAGAAUUUGAUUUGGAAGCCCAACUUGAAGCUCAACUUCAGGCUCAGGCUCAAGCUCAAUUAGAGGCAGAUAUACAAGCUCAAGUUUUGGCACAAGUAGGAAGAAAGAAAAGAGCACUUCGCCAAAGAAGAGACAUUUCGCAUUACGACACAGUAGCACUUCUUACAAAGAAUGCUUUGACUUCUGGAAAACGAUCAAGGCGUUCCGCAGGUGUAUUUGGUGGGGCAGAAGUUGAUGCUAACCUCGGUGUUGGAGUUGAAGCAGGAUUAGGUGUAGAAGCCGGAAUAGGUGCAGGUAUUGGAGCCGGUAUUGGUGUCGAAGCAGGUGUUGGUGUAGAUGUUGGAGUAGGUGGUGGAGCUGAAGUUGGAGUGGGUAUUGGAGCAGGAGGUAAUGUAGCAUCUAUUUUAUCAGUCUUACCUAACUUGUUGGCAACUAAACUGUAUGCAUCUACUGCAAUGUACACCGCAAUGACAAUGUAUGGCACAAGGAAGGUAGUCAACGUUAUAGCUCAAAGCAUAGCAGCACGAUUCGGAUUCCGAGUUGCCGCUGUGUUUGUCACGGCGUACAACAGGAACUGUGCAGACAUUUCCGACAAUAGCUUCGGUCCAUCUAUUUCAGCACUUGCAAUUGCCACAACUGAAGCCCUGUCCGCAGCUGGUGUUCUCUCCAUCAACUUCACUGUCCUCUCAGCAGAUCAGCUAGCAACAGCCAUCGUAGCCAAAUAUUCAUGCCUGAUCGCCACUUCAAUGGACCCAGUCGAAUGGAACACGUCGGCAAGGUGGACUCAUCAUUAUGAUGAGUAUCUUUACGAACCUCCUUUGGCUCCCGGUUACAAUAAGUACAACGACUAUACAAUUACUCCUUCUGUCAAUCGAAGGAACGAUCCCUUCAUGCUGGAUUACGGAACCAAUACCGAUCCUGAGAUAAAUAGAGCUGGUUCGGACAGCUCCUAUAUCAACAAAGUAAUGUUCUGAGCAACAAAGUUAACCCUUCUGGCAGCAAAGCCUGAGUAUAUUCGGGAUGGUGUAUGAAGUUCAAUAAUGAAUGGACAUGGUCCUGCCACUAGGAGAGUUAAUUUCAAUGGAACAUUUUGAAAGGAUUUCAUUAGAAACUAAAUAGCCAAGAAGUAAGACAUGAUGAAUAUCUAUUGUAUUCUUCGAUAAUAUUCUCUCAUUAAAAGCAAAUUCAAAGCACUUCAACAGUUUUGCUUCAUAUUUUCUUAAAAUUUAUUUUAAUGUUUCCGUUUUAAAUUGUUUUGAACUGUUUAUUACUUUAACGAAACACGCGGACAUAUGGAUAUGUUAUGAAAGUAUUGUAAAAAAAAAAUUUAAAUGUUGUCAUAAAAGAUUGGUUCAUCCUUUAAUUUAUAAAUGUACUCAAAAUGGAAGUAAAACUUUUGUUAUUGUA